GCCAUGUUUAUUCUAAUCAAGCUUAUACUGCUAGCGGUUUCUGCUCUAGCUGGCUUUGCAUCUUCCCAGGACCUUAGUAUCACCUACAAUGGAUUCCGGUCCUCCGACUUGAGCCGGGAUGGCAUAGCUGAGGUCACGCCAAAUGGCCUCUUGAAGCUAACUGAUGCCCCCGUGCAGCAACAAGGUCAUGCCUUCUUUCCUAAUCCUGUCAGCUUCAAGGAUUCAGCUAAUUCCUCUGCUUUCUCCUUUUCCACCACCUUCAUCUUUGCUGUAGUGUCUGAAUAUCCUACUUUGAGUGGCCAUGGAAUGGCUUUCGUGAUUGCACCAACAAGAGGCCUUCCAGGGGCUCUUCCUAGUCACCAUCUCGGCCUCUUCAACGAAACCAACAAUGGAAAUGAGACCAAUCAUGUCUUUGCAGUGGAACUUGACACGAUCCAAAGUGAAGAGUUCCAUGAUAUCAAUAAUAACCACGUUGGGAUUGACAUCAACGGACUGAACUCCACAUUAGCGGAGCCUGCAGGUUAUUAUUCGGAUGGCAGCGGUGUUUUUCAGAACUUGACUCUUAUUAGUGGUAAAGCAAUGCAAGUUUGGGUGGAAUAUGAUGGAAAAGAAAAGCAUAUAAGUGUCACAUUAGCUCCAAUAUAUGCUGAUAAACCAAACAAACCUCUUUUAUCUUUAUCCUAUGAUCUUUCUCCAAUAUUAAAUAAAAACAUGUACAUCGGAUUUUCAUCAUCUACCGGUUCUGUCCCGACAUCCCAUUGCCUUCUGGGAUGGAGUUUCAAGAUGAACGGUGUGGCUCAAUGGCUGGAUCUUUCUCAACUUCCUAAGCUCCCACGAGUUGGGCCAAAGAAAACGUCCAAAGUAUUGACCAUUGGUUUACCUAUCAUUUUGACAAUUGCCCUGCCAAUAGCAAUCUCUGGCAUAAUUUAUCAGGUGAGAAUAAAGAAGAAGUUUGCAGAAGUUCUUGAGGAUUGGGAGCAUGAUUAUGGCCCUCACAGAUUCAAGUACAAAGAUUUGUAUAUCGCCACAAAAAGGUUCAGGGACAGAGAGUUACUGGGAAGAGGCGGUUUUGGUAAGGUAUAUCGAGGCAUCUUACCCAGCUCCAAACUUGAGGUUGCUGUCAAGAGGGUAUCUCAUGAUUCCAGGCAAGGAAUGAAAGAAUUUGUGGCAGAAAUCGUCAGCAUAGGCCGGUUACGCCACAGAAAUUUGGUUCCACUUUUAGGUUACUGCAGGCGAAAAGAUGAACUGCUAUUGGUUUAUGAAUACAUGCCAAAUGGAAGCCUGGACAGGUUUCUAUACCAGCAGCCUAGGUGCACUCUGAACUGGAACCAAAGAUAUCGAGUCAUAAGAGGUGUAGCAUCUGGAUUGUUUUAUCUACAUGAAGGUUGGGAACAGAUAGUGAUUCACAGAGAUGUAAAGGCCAGCAACGUCCUGUUAGACAGUGAAUUGAAUGGAAGAUUAGGAGAUUUCGGGCUUGCCAAAUUGUAUGAUCAUGGAACAGACCCUCAAACAACUCAUGUUGUUGGAACACUUGGAUACCUCGCGCCAGAGCAUACUAGAACUGGAAAGGCUACAACCAGAACGGACGUAUAUGCCUUUGGCGCCUUUUUGCUUGAGGUAGUUUGCGGCAGAAGACCAAUAGAACCACACCCCCCAACAGAGGACGCCAUUUUGGUUGAUUGGGUAUUUUCUUGCUGGAACAAAGGGCAAUUUCUUGAAGCAGUUGAUCCAAACAUGGGACUUGAUUAUGUGAAAGAGGAGGUGGAAUUGGUUAUGAAGCUCGGAUUGUUGUGCUCGCAGUCAGAGCCCACGGCAAGGCCAACCAUGCGUCAAGUUGUUCUAUACUUGGACAGCGCCUUGGCACUGCCAGAUUUACGCUCACUUGGGAUUUCUGCCACUGGCCUGUCUUUUGCAAGUCAGGAAGGUUUCAGUGAUUUUAAGUUAUCAUAUCCAUCUUCAAUGGACAAGCCAUUUUCACACGCUUCCUCCUCUGCUGCAGAAUCGCUAUUGUCUGGAGGUCGGUGAUUGAGGACAAAGCUUUCUGUUAAUGACUUUUGUGAGAAUUAUGCAACUGAUGUAAUUGUUGGUCAGUAAGUUUAGUUUUGGCAUUAGGGAGUGAACAAUGUACCUAAAGAACAAAAACUAGCUAUUGAUGAGGAAUUUAGGAAGUUUAAAUGAGAUUGGAAGAUCAUCUUGAGCAGUAAUUAAUUCAUAACAAUACCUGUACAUCACCAUCUAGUCAUCUUCUCUAUCUAAAAUGUAUAUCCAGUCAUCUAGGCAUCUAGUCAUCACCAUCACACUGCUCAAGAGCCUCCCCUAAGCUAAAAAGAAAUAGCUUUUUUUGGGUUGUUUAUUGUUUUUACCAUAUCAGUACUUGCUUGUUAAGUUGCCUGUUAAGUUAUUGUUGACCAUUCAAGUUAGGAUUUGGAUUUCAUGGAUCCAGGUCUCACAAUCUGUGUUUCCUACGAUUUCGCACAAGUUGACCUCUAAUGUAAAUUAAAUUAGUAGGAUUUCGGUGUGAGUCAAAUCCAGUUUGAUGUAA